AGGCUUAAAAGGAAUUACCUCACUUUUGGCCAAAGAGAUUAAAGAACUAGAAGAAAAAAUAGAUGCAUAUGAUAAACAGAAAUCAUCGCAGACGCAUUAUGUUCCUUUUUCUGACAUUGAUUACACUCAAAUUUAUGAAGCAAUUUCCGCUCCUGAUUUCUUGAUCCAAAGCAAAAACAAACUUAUUUCCUCGGAAGAAAAAUCAGGAACUGCAAAUUCAAAAUUGGGAAUGCCAUUUUUAGAUACGCGUAUAAAAGAUAAGCAAUCAUCGGAUGCUCAUCUAUCAAUUGAAGAUGUCAAGUCCUUGUUAAAUGAAAUCAAAUCCGAUGAUUCAGUCGAUUCUCUUCAAAAUAGAUUGACUCUAAGUAUUUAUGAGUUUAAUCGUUUGCUUAGAAGUUGUUUAAAAUCAAAAAACGUACAAGAUGCGGAAAAUACAUUGUACUUGAUGGAGAAAGCUAAGAUCGUACCUGAUAUUAUUACAUACGAUACUCUAAUUAAUUUGUAUGCGAAUGUUCGAAAUAUAGAGAAAGCAAGAUCAACAUUUAAUCUAAUUGAAUCAAUUGGAUUAAAACCAUCAAUACAUUCUUAUCAAAACUUAAUAAAAGCUUAUUGUAACGAGCACCGCCUCAAUGAAGCUUUUGAAGUUUACGAAAAAAUAAAGAGUGCUGGAUUGAUUCCCUCACAGGCUGUUUUCACGGCCCUUAUCAAAGGUUGUGUUGAUAAGGGAGAUAUGGCACUCGCUUGGAAGACGUUUGAUUAUAUGAGACUGGAAGUUUGUCAGCCUGAUGAAGUGACAUACAGUCUAAUGAUCCACGCUUGUGCAAAGACUCAAGAAGUAGAGCGAGCUUUUGAUUUAGUUCAAGAAAUGACCGAAAAAAAGUUACAUCCAACGGAUGUGACAUAUAAUUCAUUGCUUAAUGCUUGCGCAUUACGGAAAGAUAUCCUUAAUGCUAUUUUUUUACUAGAGCAAAUGCAAGAGCACGGAUUUCAACCUGACAGAAUUACUUAUAACACUUUAAUAUAUGCAUGUUCAAAGACUGUCGAUUUAACAGCUGCUAGAAAAUUAGCAAAGAUAAUGAUUGAAAGCGCGAAAGACAAACCUCUGUUAGCUCCCACGGUUGUUACUUUUGUGAACUUGUUUUGGGUGUAUGCUAGUUAUCAACCAGAAGGACCAAUAAGAAAGCACUUUGAAUCAGACACAACAAAAACAUCAAUAAUAAAUGACAAUAAUGAAAUAGCAUCGACUGUUAAAAUUGAUAACAAAAUGAUAUCUCAAGAAGACACUUUUCCAUUUCUACCCUAUGAACCUUACACACAAUCACAAGCUCUUAUGGAGGCUGAAAUGUUAUUCAAAUACGCUGUAAUGAAGGCUCAAGAAGUCGCUCAACAACAAAAUAACACUAAUAACAAUUCCUUUAUGGAUAAUGACGAUAUAAUUAGGAUAUCUCCUAUUCUGCUGGAUGCAUAUCUUAAAGUUAUCGUGAAAAAAGGAGGAUUUGAUAAAGCAAUGGCAAUUUUCACUGAAAAAUAUGCGGAAUUCAAUCAGGAAUAUACCGGAUGGACAUUUAUUACUAUGCUGAGAACAUGUUACGAUCAUUCAAAGUAUAACGAAGUUUUUAUCGUUUGGAAAGAUUGGCAAAGUUGGUGGAAAAGAAUUGGCGCAAAAUGUGAAGAUAUGGGAAUUUACAAAAUGGAAAUAGAAUUCAAAAAGUUAGGACGAACACCCGAAGUUCGAUAUCAAGCUUAUCGAUGGAUGAUUAAUACAUUAGCAAGAUGCAAUGAUGUAGAGAGCGCGAUGCAAUUACUGGAAAAACUUGUAUUAAAAGGAUAUAAACCAAAUAAAAAAGACCUCUGGACUUUACAUAAUAGAGUCAUUCAGUUCGAAAAUUCCGCAGCACGCAUACAGUUUUUGAAUUAUUGCCGUGAUCAACGGACGAUGGCUGACGAGGUUAACGACGCUUUGGUCAGAAAAUGGAAAGGGACAGUACCUUUCAGAACAAACACCCCGUUUUACAAUAAUAGAAAAGGAAAUGAAAAGACACGAUAUAUCCGAUAA